AUGAAGAAGAAACCAAGGUCAGCAGCAGCAGCAGCAGCAGCAGCAGCAGCAGCAGCAGCAGGAGUAGCAGCAGCAGCAGCGGCAGAAACAGAAACAGCGACAGCAGCAGAAACAGCAGCAGAAACAGCAGCAACAGUACCAGUAGUAGCAGUAGCAGCAGCAGCAGCAGCAGCAGCAGGAGUAGUAGUUGCAGCAGCAACACCAGUACCAGUAGUAGCAGUAGCAGCAGCAGCAGCAGUGGCUACUAUUCUUUCUGCUGCUUCUCUUUCUCCCCCCAUUCCCGCCCCUACAACACCUACAACCACAACCCCAACCACAACCACACCAGCUGCUGCUGCUGCUGCUGCUGCUGCUGCUGCUGCUGCUCAGGUUACCUCUAUACUAACAGUUCGCCGGCGUGAGGGUACACCCCCAGCAGACUUGGUGUUGGAUGGCCAGAUGUUAUGGCCAAAUUUAUCGUAA